AUGCGGAAUUCACUCCUCGAACUGGACCCAUACGCCGAUGCCCUGCUCAUCUUGCGAUGUCCUAAUUUGCAGCAGGUUCGUGCAGUCGAAGAGGAGGUAGAGGAUGUCGAAUGGAAUUUACCCGGCGAGGUUGAAAGCAAAGAGGACAAGGAAAGCAAAACAUCGACAGAACUCGAUGAGAUCACGUCUCUAAAACCAUUUGACGAGGAUGGUAAUCCCCAGGAGAUUAUGUUUCGAGUAUCGGCCAAACAUCUUCGAUUGGCCUCUCCUUUCUUUGACAAGAUGUUGAGAGGUGGAUUCCAAGAAGCGAAGCCUAAUAACGAAGGCCUCUUGGAAUUCAGAGCUCAGGAUUGGAACGUCAGGGCCCUUCUGAUCCUACUUGACAUUAUUCAUGGUCACCACCGCCAAGUGCCCAAGGAACUAGACUUGGAUACUAUAGCACAUAUCGCGCUCCUCGUCGAUUAUUACGAUUGCCUGGAGAUUGUCGAUGUAUUCUCGGAUCAUUGGCUGACGAAUCUUGCUGAAUGGGAAAUCUACGAAUGGUCAGAAGUUCACAGAAAUUCAGCAUUCCAUUUUGAUAAAGCUGAGGUUUUGAUGUUAUUCAGCGCCUGGAUAUUCCGGAAACAAAAGGAAUUCAAGAAUCUGGUCAUGAGCGCUAUAUACGAGACAUCUGGCCCUAUCGAAACAGAGUUGCCAAUACCUAGUCACAUCCUUGAUAAAAUCGAGGAACAGCGUAUUGGACUACUCGAAGAAUUGUUUGCUCAGCUGUAUACCCUACAGUUCGACCUAUUCCAGGGAAAUACUGGUUGUUCCUAUGAAUGUUCAUGCAGACUUCUUGGAUUUCUUAUGAGACAAAUGCGGGAUAAGAAUCUGCCGAUGACAAAGCCGGAACCUCCAUUUAUCGGAUUCAGUGUUAAUGCAUUGAUUCUCUUUUUAGAGCACGUCGAGACCCCUCACUGGUUCAGUGGAAAACAUAAAUUGGAUUCCUGUCAGCUAGAAAAGAGAAUAGAUUUGGACGAGGAGGUGAUGGAUCGUUUGGCACCAGGAUUAAGCUUGGAAGAAUUCGGCUUAAUACCUACUCAUCCAGAUAACGAUUGGGCCUAG